AUGGCAUCCCAAUACACCGACCAAAAUGCCGACAAGGUCAAAGAAGCACACUCUACCCUCUACGAUGCAGGUCUAGAAAUGCGCAACAAAGUAGCCGGAAAAGAAUACGUCGACCGCGCACUUGCAAACGCAACUUCCGAUUUUGCUCGUCCUAUGCAAGAGCUAGCAACAGAAGCAGCAUGGGGAAGCAUCUGGACACGACCAGGUCUAGACCUCAAGACCAGAAGUCUGUUAAACAUAGCAAUGUUGUGUGCUUUGAACCGUGGUCCUGAAUUGGCUGUUCACACCAGAGGAGCAUUGAAUAAUGGAGCUUCAGAGGUUGAGAUCAGAGAAGUGAUUCUACAAGCAGCUGUUUAUGCUGGUAUGCCUGCUGGUAUGGAAGGUACGAAAGUUGCUGAAAAGGCUAUCAAUGAGUGGAAGGAGAAACAGUCGAAUUAG